AUGAACGCUCAAAAGAAGAGAAAAGCCACCGACAACAAGGAAGAGGGCAAUGCCAUUCCUUCCAAGAAAAAGUCCACAGCAGCCUCCAAGAAAGAGAAUGGCGGGAAGGAAAAGGAGCGUUUUGACGGUUUUGGCUUCAAACCGCUGACUCUCAAAGAAAUUCAUGAUCGAAUAGCAGCCCUGGCAAAGCAGGUACCCCCUAUCCCCGAUGAAGGUUUCUACGUCGAGGGGACUUCUCCGCAUGAGACAUCUUCGGUAAUAGGAGAACCUCCCAACAAUCUUAAAAAAGCGUUGAUCAAGCGCUGGGCUAGCGAGUUGCAGGUGGUGUUGGAAGAGCUGGGUCUCGUGUUAUGUUGUGUUUCCACGGCCUGCUACAAGUGGGGUACCGAUCGCAGCGGGGCAUCGGACCAAAAUUUAUCGCUUCUCAAUGACGAACUCAACAGCACGCAAGAUCAAAUUGCUUCCCGAGUCACACCACGGUUGAGAAAUGUGCUGACCCCCGUUGUGGAUUUGGUAGUCGAAAAGACGGUGACGACAAAAAUAAAACAACCAAAGGAAGGAAGAAAUAAUGGAGAUGCAUCCAUCACACAGGAUGGUGUGACAGAAGACGGAUUCGUGGAAGUUAAGCGUAAUGUAUUCACAAGACAGUUGGAGGACCCUGAUUUUGUCCAUUUAUGCUAUCAAAUCCUGGCAAGAAAUGCUCCCAUGAUGCGCAAUGUGGUCCUGACCAACUUUACCAAAAUGUUGCAAUGCAUCAAGGAUUAUCUUGGGGCCCAGAACAAUGAUACGCAGCACCACCGAGAAUUUGCAUACUAA